AUGGAGAAUAGCACAAGAAAAAAAAACAACCUUUCCUGCAAUAACCCCAAAGAAGCACAUCUUAAAGAUAACCUUUUAAAUAAAAAUCCAGUGUUGUAUUUCGAUGAAGAAAUUGUAUUUGAUAAUUGUGAUGUUUUAAAAGAAGACGAUAAUUUAGACUUAACAGAGGAAGAAGGACAUGAAGAAUUAGACGAAAAAGGAAAUAAAAAAGCUCGAAAAAAAAAAGAAACUACACAAGAAUAUAAAGGUGGGAAGAAAGGAAAAAAUAUGAAUAAAGUUAAAAAAAUAGAUAAUCAUAAUAAUAAUAAUAAUGAUGAUAAUAAAAGGAAUGAUAAAAAUAUACAACGCAAAAAGAAAAAUAAUAUGUCAAAUAAUAAUGAAGGGGAGGAAGAAGAAUAUAAUAAUAAUAAUAAUGAUGAUGAUGAUGAUAUAAAUAUAUAUAAGAAAGGAAAAACGAAUAUAAAAAAUAUUGAUUCAUUUAAUAGCGGUUUGGAUAGCUCAACUAAUAGUUCUGUUAGUGCUCGUAUUUAUAGAAGUAAUACUGAACUAAAAAAAAAAGGUUCAUCACAAAAUAUAAAAGGAAAUAAAAGUAAUAUUGAAAAUUUUACAAAGGAAGAAAAAAUAUUAUUUAAAAAAUGGAUCGAUAUAUUACCUAGUACUAACUUAGAGAUUGAAAAUAUUUUGAAUCAUCAGUUACCUUGUUAUAAUAUAUUGAAUAAUAUAAAACGAAUUAAUAAAAUUAAAAGUAUAGCAUAUAAUGAAAAUAAUAAUGAUGAAUUUUUAAAUUCUAUUGAAAAAUCUAAUCUUAUGUUUAAUAAUAUCAAAAUAGCACAACGAGAAAAAUAUAUUAUACGAUUUUUAUGUGAAGGAUCAUCAUAUAAUUUAACUGAACUAGUAAAUAUAUUAUUUUAUGUUUUAAAUAAUGAUGAAUUAGUACUUGAAAAUAUUCCACACAACAAAUUUUUAGAUACUAAAAAUAAAAUAAAAAAUAAUAAUAAUAAUAUGAUGAUGAUGAUGAAAGAUGCAUAUAUUAUACAAGAUGAAAAAAAUAUUAAAAAAAAAAACACAUUAAAUAAAAAUAAUGACAACCAAAUGGACAUUCAAAAUAAUUGUAAUAAUAAUGAUGAUGAUAAUGAUGGGGAGGAGGAGGAGGAUAGUAAAAAUCGAUAUGGAAAUUAUCCAAAUUUAGAUCAUGAUACAGAAAAAAAUAUAGAUAUAGAAAAAAAUGUAAACACUAAUAAUUUUAACUUAGAUAAUUUUUCAGAUGAAGAUUAUUAUUCAGAUGGACAAGAAAAUCAAAUUAAAUUCCAUAACGCUACAGCUAUUACAAAAGAAGAUUUAUAUUCUUGUAUCCCCAUAUUAUUAAGUAGAAAAAAUUUAGGAGAUAAUAUGAAAAAAAUGAAUAUAAGUAAAAAUGAAAAUAAUGAAAAAGAAUGUUUAUGGGUAUGGGAAAAUGAUAAUUAUGAUAUAUUCCCAUCAUAUUAUAAAGAAAUAUUUAAAUAUUUUAAAGAAUUAAGAAAUAAUAUGAGCAAAAUAUAUAAAACAUUAAUAAAAUUUAAAAAUUCUAUCUUAUCAAAAGAUCUAUCUAAUAUUAUUAAAAUGUCCGAUUUCUUAAACGAACUAAAGAAAAAACAAUAUUUGGAAUCAGAAAGGAGAUGUAAAAAAAUAUUAUUAGAAAAAAAAAAAAUUAUGAAAAAAAAAAUGGAUAUAAAAAAACAAGAAGAAAAGAAAAAAAAAAUUGAUGAAUCAAAAAUUGUAGAAGAAAAAAAAAAUAACACACUUAUCAAAUUUGAUAGUAAUAAAAUACAAAAUAAAAUAGAUGAUAAUAAAACCAAAAAACAAAAUCUCAUUUUAUCAUGGUUAACAUUCAAAAAAAAUCAAACAGUUAAUACAUUAAAUGAAAAUGAACAUAUCGAACAUUUUAUGAAAUAUCCAAUAGUUAAUGUCUUAAAUUUUAAUGAAUGUAUGAAGGACAAAUUAUUGGAGGUGCAAACCCAACUACCUAUAUUUACAUGUGAUAGAAAGGAUGCCGUGUUUUCUAAUGACACCUUACAAAAUAAUGCGGACUAUGAUAAACAGCAUUUCUUGCAGUGUUAUAUAAAUACUUGUGAAAAUCAUAAAAAGGUAGUGGUGGAUUACUAUAAAGUAUACGUUGAUAAUAAGGAAUUUUAUGAAGAAAUACCAUCUGUGGAUGUUAUUGAUGGAAGUAAAAUUGUUGUGCAGAAUGAAAAGAACGUAAGGUCCAAAAUUUGGGAAGACAACGAAUUUUACUUGAAAUUAAAAAAUGCAGAUUAUAUUAGAAGUUUUUAUUUUUAUGACAAUUCUUGGACAAGGCCCUUUAUGUCGCUAUUAGUGCACAAAGUUUUGGACGACAACUUGAAUUUAUUGCCCUUUUAUUAUCAUGAUGAUAUGGAAUAUGAAAAUGAUACGAAUGAAGAUUAUUAUGAAAAAUUUGAAACGAUUGAUUUAACCACAGAAAAUGAAGAAAAUGAAACAGAAAGUGAUGGAAGUUCUCAAGAUAUGUUUAUCGUACCUGAUAAUGAAAUAAAUAGAGAUAUUGAAUUGUCUCCUAUUACAAUACCAACAAGCCAAGAUAUUUAUUUCUUUUCUUUAUUUAAUUGGGAAUGGAACUUUGAGGGAAACACCAAACAUAAUUAUAACAUUAUUGACAAAAAUGUAUGGAAAGAAUUUAAUUUUAAAUAUAUGGAGAACACUUAUGGAUGUCAAUAUAUCUCAUGGGGAGUUGACAACAAUCCGUUCAAGUACAUGUCUGAUAAGAAUGGCCUAAAGAAUACUCUGGAUAAUUAUGAUAUUAAGAAAUUAAUCAAACAUUCUCAUGGUAAAAUGACCAAAAAGGAUAUCCUUCUGGAGCAAUUCAAACAAAAAAAUGAGCACUUGACAAAAGCUGACACGGAAAGAAAGUUCAAAAUGUAUUUGGUAUACAAAAAGUGUGAAGAUAACAGAAAGAAAUGGAUGGCCUCCGAAGAAGGUGUAAAAUUAUUCAAGAAUGAAGAACUACUAUCCAAAAUCUAUGAUAUAAGGAAGAGGAAAUUAAAUGCUAUGUCCCAAAGAAUGGAAGAAGCGAAAAAACAAAAAAAAAUGGAUAAAGAUAAUUUGAAAAAAGAAGAAAAAAUAAAAAAGAAAGAAAAAACUAUUCAAGAAAAAUUAGAGAAAAAAGAAAGUAUGAAAAAGGACUAA